AUGACCAGUCAAGUACCAGAGGAGUCUGUGGAGACCCAGGGCUCAGAUGAGCUUGAGUGCAAGAUCUGUUACAACCGCUACAACCUGCGACAGAGAAAACCAAAAGUGCUGGAGUGUUGUCACAGAGUAUGUGCCAAAUGCCUUUGCAAGAUUAUAGACUUCGGUGAUUCCCCACAAGGAGUCAUAGUAUGCCCAUUUUGCAGGUUCGAAACAUGCCUGCCAGAUGAUGAGGUUAGUAGUCUUCCUGAUGACAACAACAUCCUUCUGAAUUUAGCUUGUGGGGGAAAGGGAAAGAAGUGCCUACCAGACAACCCAACAGAACUGUUGCUGACUCCCAAAAGGUUGGCAUCUCUGGUUAGCCCUUCUCACACCUCUUCUAACUGCCUGGUUAUAACAAUCAUGGAAGUACAAAGAGAAAGUCCUCAGACUCUGAACUCAACCCCUGUAGUGGAAUUUUACAGGCCUACGAGUUUUGACUCUGUUGCCACUGUGUCCCACAACUGGACAGUAUGGAACUGCACAUCUUUGCUCUUCCAGACCUCAAUUCGGGUGCUAGUGUGGUUGCUAGGGUUGCUGUACUUUAGUUCCUUGCCUUUAGGGAUUUAUUUACUGGUAUCUAAGAAAGUCACCCUUGGGGUUGUCUUUGUAAGCCUUGUUCCUUCGAGCCUUGUUAUUCUCAUGGUUUAUGGCUUUUGCCAGUGUGUCUGCCAUGAAGUUCUAGACUGCAUGUCAUCUUGAUAACAAGUAAAAUAAGAUGUAGUGCCACAUGUGUAUCAUAGUUGAUUUAUCCUGUCUUUCUAUUCUUAUUUAUUUUUACUGUUGUCCAUCCAACUAAAUGGAAGCAGUGUCCCUAGUUAUAUGGU